CCGAGCUCUGAGAGCGCGGCGGAGCAGGAGAGAGUGGCAGUGAACGUGUCUGCGGCAGCGUUUAGCGUUAAAAAAACACAAACUACGGCGGAAGAAAGGAGGACCAAACCCCGCUGCAGCGAGAGACAACCUCGGCGGAGCAUGGACUAUGAUAAAUUCUAAACUGAGGCUGGUAACGGUGGGCUGUUUUGACGACAAGCGGUUUAUUGAACAUCUGUAGAGCAUAAUGAGGGCAUCCGCUAUUCUGUACGGUGGUUUUUCCUCGGAGGUUUAGUUAGACGCAGAGUGACACUCUUUCUAAAUGCGUCGCUUUUAGACCUCCUCUCAAGGAAAAAGACACACCGAGGGGAUCACAGCCAGCAGACAUUUUAGUUAAUUCCCUCCUCCCAUGGCCCCCGGGGAACAGUGAAGUCAUUUGAGAAGUCACCGGAGAAGAAGACGCCGUCUUAAUCAUCAAGAUAGUUUUCGCGAGGAAAAAGAAAUCGGCAAACCCCGUCCAUCAGACUCCCACCGCUUCUUUUCUUUUUUUCUCUCCUUUUAUUUUGAAAUCGUGCAUGGUUUUGCCCUUCUGAGCCUUUCUAAUCGCCGACCCUCCCGUGGGCAUUUCACCCCCGUUAGAAGGAUGCCGGAUCAAAUAUCGGUGUCCGAGUUUCUCUCGGAGACGACAGAGGAUUACAAUUCCCCGACAACAUCCAGCUUCACCACCCGACUGCAGAGCUGCAGGAACACAGUGAACGUGCUGGAGGAGGGGCUGGACCAGGACCGAACGUCCCUGCAGAAAGUGAAGAAGUCCGUGAAGGCCAUCUACAAUUCAGGACAAGACCACGUCCAGAAUGAAGAGAACUACGCUCAGGCUCUGGACAAAUUUGGCAGCAACUUCAUCAGCCGGGACAACCCCGACCUGGGAACGGCUUUUGUCAAGUUCUCCUCCCUCACCAAGGAGCUGUCUGCGCUGCUGAAGAACCUGCUCCAGAGCCUCAGCCACAAUGUGAUCUUCACCCUGGACUCGCUGUUGAAGGGAGAUUUGAAAGGCGUGAAAGGGGACAUAAAGAAGCCCUUCGACAAAGCAUGGAAGGACUACGAGGCCAAGUUUACAAAGAUCGAGAAGGAGAAGCGAGAGCACGCCAAGCAACACGGAAUGAUCCGCACUGAGAUCACCGGGGCUGAAAUCGCCGAGGAGAUGGAGAAGGAGAGGCGUCUCUUUCAGCUCCAGAUGUGCGAGUACCUGAUCAAAGUAAAUGAGAUCAAGACCAAGAAAGGAGUGGACCUCCUCCAGAACCUGAUUAAGUAUUACCACGCACAGUGCAAUUUCUUCCAAGAUGGCUUGAAGACAGCCGAUAAGCUGAAGCAGUACAUCGAGAAGCUCGCAGCGGAUCUCUACAAUAUCAAACAAACUCAGGAUGAGGAGAAGAAGCAGCUGACUGCCCUGCGGGAUCUGAUCAAGUCCUCCCUCCAGCUGGACCAGAAGGAGGACUCGCAGAGUAAGCAGGGGGGCUACAGCAUGCACCAGCUGCAGGGGAACAAGGAGUUUGGCUGUGAGAAGAAAGGCUACCUGCUGAAGAAGAGUGAUGGGCUGAGGAAGGUGUGGCAGAGGAGGCAGUGCUCAGUGAAGGGGGGCAUGCUCACCAUCUCUCAUGCCACAUCCAACAGGCAGCCGGUCAAACUCAACCUGCUCACCUGCCAGGUCAAGCCCAGUUCUGAGGACAGGAAGUGCUUCGAUCUCAUUUCCCAUAACCGGACAUAUCAUUUCCAAGCUGAAGAUGAACAGGAGUUUGUCAUCUGGAUCUCGGUGCUGACCAACAGUAAGGAGGAGGCCCUGAACAUGGCGUUUCGUGGCGAGCAGAGCGGCGGCGGCGAGGACGGUUUAGAGGAUCUGACUAAAGCCAUCAUAGAAGACGUGCUGCGCAUGCCGGGCAACGAGGUCUGCUGCGACUGCGGAGCCUCAGAUCCUAAGUGGCUGUCCACCAACCUGGGGAUCCUGACCUGCAUCGAGUGCUCUGGCAUCCACCGCGAGAUGGGAGUCCACAUCUCGCGCAUCCAGUCCAUGGAGCUCGACAAGCUAGGAACUUCAGAACUCUUGCUGGCCAAGAAUGUAGGCAACAGUAGUUUCAAUGAGAUCAUGGAGGGAAACCUCACGUCCCCUUCACCAAAGCCCACUCCAUCCAGUGACAUGACUGUGAGGAAGGAGUUCAUCAACGCUAAGUAUGUGGACCACAAGUAUGCUAGGAAGACGUGCACGUCUGCGUCAGCGAAGAUGAUCGACCUGUUUGAGGCGGUUCAGUCCAGGGAUCUGCUGUCCCUCAUCCAGGUCUAUGCAGAGGGGGUUGAACUGAUGGAGCCGCUCCCAGAGGUUGGACCGGAAUCCGGAGAGACGGCACUGCACUACUCUGUACGGACUGCUGACCAGACCUCUCUGCACUUGGUGGACUUCCUUGUGCAGAACAGCGGUAACCUGGAUAAGCAGACGGAGUGGGGGAACACGGCCCUUCAUUACUGCAGCAUGUACGAGAAGCCCGAGUGCCUCAAGUUGCUCCUGAGGGGCAAGCCGGCCACUGAUAUCAGUGAGUCACUUCCUCACAUUAAUGUCUGUGCGCACGUAUCCAGACUGCUAACUGUUGAUCGUCCAUCCUCUCUCCCUUCAGCCAAUCAGAACGGAGAGACGGCGCUGGAUGUUGCCAGGCGACUGAGGAACCCUCAGUGUGAGGAGGCACUGGUGCAGGCUGCAGAGGGGAAGUUCAACCCCCACAUCCAUGUGGAGUACGAGUGGAGCCUCAGACUGGAGGAGAUGGACGAGAGCGACGACGACCUCGACGAUAAGCCCAGUCCCAUCAAGAAGGACCGCUCCCCGAGGCCUCAGAGCUUCUGCCACUCCUCCAGCCUCUCUCCCCAUGACAAGCUCUCCCUGCCGGGCUUCAUCAGCCAGAGGGACAAACAGCAGCGUCUGUCCUACAGCGCCUUCACCAACCAGAUGUACAGCGCCUCCACCGACCUCACCUCCUCCCCCGUGGCCGACGGGCCGCCGCUGCCACCUAGGAACCAGGGCAAAGCUCCUCCCCCAUCUGGCCCUCCCUCUACACUCACACCAGGAGGCAGCUCCACCCUGUCCAAGAAGAGACCUCCGCCCCCUCCUCCUGGACACAAACGCACCCUGUCUGACCCACCCAGCCCGCUCUCUCACAGUCCACACAGUAAAGGGGGCUUGACUGGGGGAAGCGACUCCACCCCUCCUCCUGUCAGCAAGAUGUCUCCUGUUUCUAACAAGUUUGAAGGAAUUCCUCAGCAGCAAAGCACUACUUCAAGCAACACAAAGUCUACACUUGGUCCAAGGGUUCUUCCCAAACUACCUCAGAAAGUGGCAUUGCGGAAGAUUGACACCAUACACCCGUCUAUGGAUAAGCCCAGCCUCCCUCCAGAGGUUUUCCAGAAGUCCCCGCCAGCUACUGAACCCCCGCAGAAGGCUCCUCUGGCGGACAGGCCUCAGCCGGGAGACCUGCCCCCCAAACCGCAGCCGUCUGAACUUCCUCCUAAACCUGGAGAACUUCCACCCAAGCCGCAGCUGUCAGACCUCCCUCCUAAACCUCAGCUCGGAGACCUCCCGCCCAAACCCCAGCUCAAAGACCUGCCUCCCAAGCCUCAUCUCGCUGACAUCCCCCCAAAACCUGGACCAGCCGAGUCCUCUUCCAGGCCGCACGAGACGGUGCAGAGGCCUCAAACGCAACCACCGCCUCCACCUCAAAGUCAUCCUCAGCCGCAACCUCAGCCUCAGCCUCAGCCUCAGCCUCCAGACUCACCGUCACCGAGUCAGCAAGCCAAUAUAGGGACCCCCGCCCCACCAGCUGCUGAAGACACCAAUGGGACCCCGGCAGGGACUGCGGAGACACCAGUGCCCCUCCCGAGGAAGAUCAACACGAUUGGUUAUUUAAAUGUCCAGGGGAAGAGCAAAACCCGCCGGGUGAAGACGAUCUAUGACUGCCAGGCUGACAAUGACGACGAACUGACUUUUGUUGAAGGAGAGGUGAUAAUAGUUACAGGAGAAGAGGACCAGGAGUGGUGGAUCGGGCACAUUGAAGGAGAGCCGGACAGAAAAGGGGUGUUCCCCAUGUCUUUUGUGCACAUCCUGAGUGACUGACAGUCAGAGAGACUUGCACUACGCCUCUCCCUAAAUAGGGAGGUCUUGUAAAUAGCUAUCAUAACACCUCUUGUCACACGACAAGUGUCCUAAAAGAAGAAGAAGAAAAAAAACAACGAAGAAGAAGAAACCCGAGAAGGCUCAUCUAGCCGUGGAUGCCUCAUCCAUGCUGUACAAAGAAUGUGUGUAUUCUUCCUUUACCAGUAUUAUCUUAACCCUAUAGCACGGCUGUGACGAAGCCACUCUCAAAAACCCUAGCACUUACCUAAAGUCUAUGUUUAUGCUGUUACUGUGUAUAUAUGUAUGUAAAUAUAUAUAUUUGUGUGUGAGUGUACAUGUUUUAUUGUACAAAACAUGUACCAUUGCUCUCUCUCUCUCUGCCGGUCCGAUUAAGCGUUGGGGCGGGUAGACUUUGAAUUUUAUCUGUAUUGAUUUUACUGGCCCUCAAGUAAUUAUCAGCUUAUAUAUUUCUGGAAGGAGGACAAAUAAGAAUUGGAAUGUGAAAGAGGUCAUGUCACUAUUUGUCUCUUGCAUCCCUGUUUACCGAAGAGGCUGGAGUCUCCCGCUGAUCCUUCCCCCGAGAUAAAAACAUUAAAUGUACUCCUUGCUUGCUUUGUGUGUGUGUACACGUAUUAUGGUUGUUUUACAGUAUAGAAACCUGCUGCUACUGCGUGGUGGAAUAUCGAAGCCUGUGGUUCACUGUAGGUCACUAAUUUUCUCCUUGUUACACUGUUCACUAUGUAUGCCGCUCUGUUUGUGAACGCGACGCCGUCGACCUUUUGUGUGCAUGGUGUAACAAUGACUGGAAUAGAGUGGAGUGCUGCGUUCAAAGACGCUCACCUCAGGGUUUGAAGAGCCACUAUGAAGCAGGACUACAAGUAUCCUGUUAAAGCCACUAUUAAUGACAAGUACAGGAAACCCAAGAGGACAUCUUAGCAAUAACUUGAUUUGACAGAUUUCACAUUAACCUUUGUUUCACAAUUCAGUGUCUUGUUAAAAAAAA